AUGGCAUAUGGCAAACGGUCAUUUGGAGCCACUUGGUGGGAUCGUAUAAUAAAACUCUUGCGCCUAAAUAGUGGAGAAAGUAGAAUAUAUGCAGGAUUCUUUUUCGCACUGAUCAUUCUGUAUAUGAUCUGCUCUGAUGGAGAUUUCUCGUUCCUACUCACGCUGUCGUCGUUGGUCAGCUGUCUCAGCUUCAUGGUUGUAACAUAUUGUAUCGAGUCCGCCAAAUCGUGCAAGGGGAUCUCGCUACAGACUAUUAUGUGCUACCUCGUACUACUAUGCUCGAGAUUAUUAGCCAUAUUACCAUUCCAGGGGUACCUCCCGUCGGAUUCUAGCGGUGAUUUUCUAUACCAAUUUUCCGAGUUUGUGGCAUGCUGCUUCGCAGGGUACAUAGUAUACCUAUGUGCAGUCAAGUACAAGGACACCUAUGAGAAGGAACUUGACACAAUGUCGGCAUUCUACAUAUUGGGACCCAGCAUGUUCAUGGCACUGAUAUUACAUCCUUCAUUGAACCGUAACAGGUUUGGAGACACCGCCUGGGCAUUCGCACUUUAUGUCGAGACGUUCUGCGUACUACCACAACUGAUCAUGUUCCAAGCAUCUGAUCGUGCCAACACAUCGACCGUCCAUUUUACAGCGGCACAAUCAUCCGCGAAGAUCCUAGGGUUCAUAUUCUGGCUGUCUACCUUCAAGGAGCUAAACGCUCGGGGAAAUAUGCUGACACACUAUGUAGGACACUGUGUCAUAUUCACACAGUUUUUGCAAAUACUCAUAGUAGCGGAUUUCUACUUCCACUAUAUGCAGUGUAUAACACGCGGAAUACCUGUGGAACUCAUCAUGGCCGAAGAUGUGUAG